AUUCUGAAUAUUUAUUUGUUUGUUAUGAUAGCAUAUUUGUUGUUCCUCGAAAUUACUUUUCUCCAUAUGGGAGAUCAGGAAGGCGAUCGUGAAUCUUUUUCUCUAUCUCUAUCGUGAACUCGAAAAAAGUGGACGCUAUUCUAUGUAUUCUUUCAAAUUGGAAAAUGUUCACUUUUCACGAAUUCAAACUGGAGAAAAAGAUUCGUGAUCGACUCCCAGAAACUCGUAGGAGCUUGGCUAAUUCGAUAGGUCGUACGUUUGGAUGUCUACUGGCUGUCUAGGUCCGGAUGAUUAAGCAUCCAGAUCGAACGAUAAGCAACUGUCGCGUUUUUACGUUCACCCUGUCCCGCUCGUGAUGACGCGAUCGCACCCGCAUUGCCGCACACCGUUCGCCGAAAAGACCUUAUAUAUUAAUUACCACUUCCUCUAUACCGGUUGCCAACCCCCGCUGUCGAUCCGGUUUCCAGAUAAAAAUUAUUGGCGGGCAUGUCCGCUGUUUCGUCCGAAUGAAUUUUAUAUGAAAUACAUCACUCGAUCUUCGAUAAUUAGAUCUUAAUCUUCAAUGAAUAACAUCUUCAGAUGAUUAAAAUCGAAAAUAUACGCAUAUAUGGAAUUUUCGAGAAUCACAGAUUAUGUUGAUGAUUUUGCGUGUAGCCUCGGGAAGUCCACGAGUGACGCAAACGAGGUGGAACCUCUAGCUUAAUUUCCUGGUUGCGAGAAUGAUGGUUACAGGCGCCGAUUAAUGAACUCUUUAUUGUCCUUACUGGUUUAUUUAGAAAGGAUCAAUUUCGAGCGGUGUCUUGUAUGUGAUCGGAUAGUCUAGCUAGUUGAAAGUCAAAAAUUAGCUCGUGUUAUCGAGAGCCGCUGUCGAUUAUAAAGGCAGCGAUUGUCAACGACGAAUAAUGAAUAACAAAUAACGAAUUUCGAGAAUGUUCUCGAAAAAGUCGGACAAUGCGAGAAGUAGUAGACAACAAACAUAAACAGUCUUACGUCUCUCGCCAAGGCAAAGAAUUUAAAUUAGAAAAUGAUACAGAACAGAUUGUUUAAAGUGAACUUUCGACGAAAUAUAUCAAUAUUGCUUAUAAAAUCAAACGUUUGAACGUCAGGAUUCCUGUUGGUAAUUAGAAACUUAAAAAAGAAAACGAUAAAUAGAAUGAGACCAAAUAGCGAUGAUGUAACGUGUGUAAAAUAUAUUUGUAAGAGGCAGAUGCGACAGCAGAGCGUAGAGAAGUUUUCGAAAAGAAGUUGAUGAAAAAAAGCAAGGAAAAUUGUAGAACGACUCGUUACUUGUCGCUUCUCCUCGACUAACGAUAACUAUUAAUUAUAAUAAUUAUUUCUCAAAACAAGCAAUAUCGAUGGCAAUGAGUUACCCUCUCGAGCAACGAGCAGCAUGGUGGGUCGAGCUACUCUUGGGAAAAUAACCUCGCCAACCCUGCUGGAAGGUCACCUGAUCGCCACCGAGAGCAAGACGCGAAGGUGGCAAUAAGGUCGAUCGGCGGCCAGUCAGGGGGUCACAGAGAGCGGCUGUGAACGGAAAGAGCAGUGGCCGCGAGGAAAUCGGCGCGGCGCACUAAUUACCGUCGACGAAAUUAGCGGUUAAUAUACGCGCGUACACACGCGGAACGGGGGGUAGUAGUUUGAUUGGGCCAAUUCGAGGCAAUUCCUGGCGAUUGCUGAUUUCAUUGAGCUUGCGCUUAAGAGCUCUCAGUGCCACGCCGCCGGCCAACCGACAUGGAUCUCAUCUCUUCGAGGCGACCAAGGUGCGCGCCGCGUCGCGACGCCCUCCGUCGUCGCGAUCGUCGCGUACUGAUCGGCAUCGGUUGACUGGCGUGCGAUGAUCUUUUUCUUCCCUUUUCCGUCUCACCGUCGUUAAAGGCUUUUCAGUAUUAGAAAAGGGUGCAACUCACCGGACGCUUCAUCAGGUAUGUUCUUCAAGCUAUACUAAGUUACGUUGUAAAACGAGGUAAAGUGUGCGCUUAAAACGAAGUAAACAUUAUUUGACACUCGGUGGAAGAGAGAGGAAAACGGGAGGAUCGCAAGACGGUUCGGAAGAUGCAGCUGUAGAAGAGCAGACGGUAUUGACUUCGAGAUGUUUGUUCGCACGCGGGAUUAAUGAUAUCAUAACACGGCUGGAACGUUUGAAAACCGAUGGAUUUUACUCGGCUUCCACUCCGGAAUUUAAAUGUCGCGUUAACGUUACGCGUGCGGGAAUGCACAUCCUGUACGAAGUGCCAAUGAACUUCCGUUGCAGAACUUGUCCUCGUCGUCUGCAUCGCGGGAUCAACGGGAGAGGACGAUCUCGGGGGAACUUAACUUAGAGGGAUAUCGACCGGGACACGGACCGGUUCACGCUGCAAACGACAAUGAAUACAAAACGAACGAUUAAUAAGAAAAUUAAUGGAGAGAGAAGAGAGCGGACAAAUCUGACGACGGAAGAAUUUCGGAUCGAAGCACUCUGCCGGACGAGAGCUUUCUCAGAGCUCAAACAUGCUAUCGCAGCUCUCCGCAGCCAUUCGAAGAAAUUCACAGGGCCUCCGAUCUAACCACCGCUACUAAUUGCGAAUCAAUGGGAAGAAAGUGAAAAGGCCGAUGACAGCCUUUGGCGAGUAAACGGAUUUGCGACGAAAAGGGAAUAUGAACGAAAGCGCGAAUCGUCGAUCGUCCAUCGACGAGACGGAAACGCAGCGGCUACGCAACGAUCAGGUUGGUCCCCCGGGUUCCCAGGGACCGGCACACUUCCGACUAAUUCCCACGGGCCCGACCUGUCUACCCCCGCGCGUUGACCUCGCACCCUUUUUCGCGCGCAAGUCGGAGGCGGUCGCUGCGGCGAGCGGCCGUGGGGCCCGCGGGGGGCAGGAGCGGCGGUGGACCGGAGUGAGGCAGCAUCACCGCGCCCGCAUGGAACGCGGCGGCGGCCGUGGCGACGAUCGGUCAUCGCCGGCCAGGAUUGGCCGGGGCCCGAGUAUGGGGGCGGCCUGGCCGGCGCGUCGUCGAAAAUAUAAGCCUGUGUGAGUGGCGGCUGAUUAGCCAGAGUGUCCGGGACGGAGUAGUGGCGCGAGAGUGGUGUCCCGAUAGCGAGAAGAGAGGAUAUACGGUUCGGGGAGAGAGCGAGCGGAUGCGCGUCGGGGAGUCGGCUCUCCGCGGCUCGCACUGGCGGAGAGGUGGUGUGGAGCAGUCGUAGUCUUUCCCGUCGUCGUCGUCGUCGUCGUCGUCGGUCCUCCAAGCAGGUCCCGUGCCGACGAGCGCAUAUCGCGCGAGUUAACGCCGCUUAAAACUAAUCAAAAUUAAUCACAAGCCGGGCAACAAUUGAUCGCAAUUGCCGCGCAAGACUCCGCGUCGUCGACGUCGCCGCGGCCGUCGUCACGGUGUGCGUACAGGCGGAUCGCUUCUUCCUUCCUCCCGCGACGAGAGGGCGGCUCCACCACCGGGAACCGGGAAGCGGAGUCGCUGAAGCGCGCUCGAGAGACCCGAGGAAGAACAGUCGACGCUCACCGUUGCUCCGGGCUCUUAAUUCAAUCGGGGCGGUCGGCGAUCCCCCGCAAUCAAAAUUCACGCUCGACCGGCGGGCGUGUCAGUUGAUGAAGGAAGCGAAGAGGAAGAAGAGACUUCACGAUAGAUCGCAUCUCGUGGACGAUGAACUGUGACAGCCGUAAUUGCGUGGCGGGCUAAUCGGUUUAGUUAAUCGAUCACCCGUGAGUCGAUCGGAUUAUCGGUGUUGGUGAACGUUCAUCAAGGUUACCGUUUGGUGGGGAAUAUCGGCUCGUCGUUUGUGCCCGCUCGAGAGGAUCUCAAUGCUUCGCAGCCGGGUCGAAGCGCCGUUCCCAACGACUUGAUUUCUUCCUCCUCCGGUUUUUCCGGACGGGAACUCGUUUUUCCGCUCCUCCGGGAAAAAGAAAAAAAAAAAUACAUCGGACGCGUCGAUUUCAGGGCAAUCAGGCGGCCUGAGGCAAAUUUGAAGUUAUGAUUUCGCGGGGGAUACCUCCGCGCUUCGGCUCCUCGGGAGGAAGAACAAUCGGUUGCCAGAAGUCGUCGGAAGUGUGAAUCAGCCCGAACUCGUCACCGUCCAAUUCCCGGUGCGAUCCGCUCGAAUUUCCGCUUCGAAUUGGAUUAUCCGCCUAGUUGCGCCUUCGCCCGAAGGCUGAAAGCCGCACCUCAGAUUCAAGCUCGGCAGCUGAGAAGGAAGCGCGAAGAUGGACGGCGCUCCUUUCGACGACCCGCUCUUCUCGGACUUCGGGGCGCGCGGCGGCAGCGGGGUUCACAGCAUCCAGGUGAUGCUGGGCCUGCACAGCGGCCAUCACGGCGGCGACCUGAUGCCGAGCGGCGGGCACAUUCACAAGCUGGACUCGCCCAACAGCCCGUCGGCGCAUCACCAGCACCACCAGCUGCAGCAGCAGCAGCAGAAGGAGCUGAAGGAGCUCGAGCUGUCCGGCAUGUACGCGCCCAUGGCGCAGGCCCAAGACGUCACAACGUCCACGACGUCCGGCAGCGUGACGCCGACCUCGACGACGCUGCAGCAGGGCCUGCAGCUGGGCAACGCGCUCGGCAAGAGGAAGCCGGACGAUCCCAUCAACGCCCUCGCCCCCGUCAGCAGCGAAGCGCAGCCAGCCAAGAAGGAUUCGAAGAAGAAGACUGACAGUAACAACAUUAAAAAGAAGAAGACGAGAACGACCUUCACGUCUUUCCAACUGGAGGAAUUGGAGAGGGCCUUCGAGCGGGCGCCUUACCCGGACGUGUUUGCGCGCGACGAGCUCGCCAUGAGGCUCUCCCUGUCGGAGACACGCGUGCAGGUGUGGUUUCAGAACCGUCGCGCCAAGUGGAGGAAGAAGGAACCGCCGCGCAAGACCACCGGUUAUAUGGCCGCGGGAUCAGCCAGUCCCGGUCUGUCAGGUUCCUUCACGUCCCUGAACAACACCCUGAACCCGUUCGCGUCGCAGACCACGGCCGCGGCACCGCCGGACGCGUGGCCGUACUCACCCGCCUACGACCUGGCGCCGCACUUGAACCUGCUGAGCCCGUCCAACUCGCCGUACUCGACCUCCACGUUCGGCGGUGGGCCCGGGGCCGGCGGCAACGGCGGCGCCUACUCCUACGCCGCCAGUAUGCUGCCGCAGCACGACGCGGCUACCGCCGCGCUCUUUUCCACUCCGGCGGCGGCCGGUGCGAACGCGAUGCGCGUCCACCAGGACUACAUGAGCCCGGCCGGCGGCGGCGGUGGCAGCCCGCCACCGCCGCCGGGUCCAGGGCCGCUCACCCGCGCCGACUACCAGACGAUGGUGACGACGCACUCGCCGCCGGGGCACCACGGGCUCGGCAACUCGGGCAUGUCCGAGGACGAGCACGGCGGCGGCUGCCUCGCCGACAAGUACGCGCACGAGCAGACCGACUACGGCCAGCAGCAGCAGCAGCAACAGCAACAGCAGCAGCCGACGGAGCAGAAACCCGAUUACGGUAUGCACUCGCCGCAGGCGCGCCAGGCGAUGAAGGAGCACCAGGUGAUGGUGAAGAGCGAGCCGAACAGCCAGCAGAGCUACGUGCCGUUGCCUCCUUUUAUGAACUGACUCGCGGCCUCCUGCGCUCUAGAUCACUUCUAGGCGGUCCGCCGCCUCCCGGACGGCGGCGCGACCCGUCGGUGUCUCGCGAGCGCGACGAGUAUUAGAGUCCAUGGUACGCGGGCUCCAAAAUUUCACACCCUCAUCUUUGCCUCUAUCGUAAGAGAAGGGAGCGGCUCCCCCGGUAAGUCGGUCAGUCGUCUCUCACGACGAUGCUUCGCCGACGCACGGACGACUUCGACAGCGUUCCCGCUGGGAACUCCGCACGGGUCGUGAGUAACGUGAAGGGGAUGAGUGAACUCGCGCGCUCGAACGUCGUCCGCGAAUUCGCUCUCGCGAGCGAGCGAUCGCGUGGAACCGAUUCCGCCGCUUUCGACCGGAGAAGUCGACGUCGUGUCUCGUAUAUAAGGACGUCACGAGAAGAGAAAGAGGGAGGAUAUGAGAUACCGUUUUAUUUAAAGAGAGGAGGUCGAGGAAGUUGUGUAUCUUUAAACCGCUCUUACUUCUGUUAUUUCGAAGCGCGCGAUUGAAGCUAGGAUUACGUGACCGUGUCAAUUUCUCGUGAUCACGCCCGAUCUAUCCGUUUCGGGAGCUUCCUCGAAUCGGAACGCUCGGGCGGAACGAUACACAUAAAGUUACGCAAUCUGAGACGCGAAAGGUAUGAGGUAGAAAUUGUCGCUCUCGGCGUGCGUGUUCGGUUCAACACCGAUAUGGGAACUCGGUUUAUUCGUGUCUCUUCAGCGCGCCAUUGUCGAGGAGCGACGGUGUCCUCCUCGAGUCUACUCGGUUAACGACGGAACGCCGUAAGCGAGAGGAAGCAAAAAAAAAGUGGAAAAUGCAUUAUUACGGAUUCGUAACAAUUCGGUUCGUCGAUAUUUACGUGCCUUCGAAGAGUAAUUAACGCCUCACGCAGUGUCUUUAUAUAAGAAAUGUGAAUUUUAAUCAAAAUAAUCUUGCCUUGUAUCGCGAUGUAUUCGAUUUUUAUGUGAGAAUAAUUUGUAAUAAAUGAAUGAGUGAUAUGAA